AUGCAGGACGUAAGCUUGGCACGCGGUACCCGUGCGAGACAGAAGGCAGCACGGACGAAGCAGGGCCCACCGCCUCCGCCGAAGACCGGUCGCAAGACAGCUCAGCAACUACGUGGUGUAAAUAGAGAAGAUGUUGGACUCGAAGUAGAGAACGUAAUAACGGCGCACCCAGCAACACAGUCUACAGCGAAGUCAACGAAGAAGAAGAAGCCUACCCCGGACCCGUCAUUAUAUAUAGGUUUGCAGAACGAGAAGGAUAUCUACAAUCAGCUAGUUCACCGACUACUACUGCACGACAAGGCAAUGGGCAAGCAGCUAGUCCACCAACUACUACGGUUGAGACGUCUCGUAAACAAACGCCGUGCUAUCGAGAUGCAAGCGGAAGAGGGAACGCCGGGUGUGUAUACCUCUGCAGAUCGUUUCAGCGAUAGUGCCUUAAGCGCAAGCUCGGACUUCUCUGACGAAGACGAGGAAGCUGCAGAACGUUACGACCAGCACAGAGAGUAUUUGCAGCAAGCUGAGGCGAGCGCUGCAGCGUCGGCUGAACUACAACAACGUCUCGCUAUCUCAAACCCUGACGUCAACACAUGCUUCGAGAACAUCAUCGAUGGAAAUGAGUCGGCGGACGAUGAAGACGAAUCUUGUUUAACUAACGAGAUGAUUCGCGAGCUGAUGGAAGAGAACGAUCACGAUUGGUAUCUUGAUGAAUACGGCAUCGACGUUAAUGACGACGACGAGCUGCUCAAGUUGGCUAAGAAUCGCGACGAAAUCAAGGAAUGGGAAACUGAUGGAUGGGAAGAAGUUGACCCGUCGGUGGGGGACCAAACCGAAUUCGGUAACAUCUACAGCGGAGAAUUCGGUCCGACGCAGGAGCUGGUGGAUAUUGCGGAUUCACCCCUCAAGCGGUUUUGGUAUUUUCUACCACAGAGCCUCUGGCAAGACAUUGCUGACGAGCCGAACAAGUAUGCGAAGCAAACGGUCAUUACCCGUGCUCGACGCAUUCGAGAUCUCCACAAAAAGCUCAGGCGGAAAGGCGGCAUGCGAAAUGCGCCAGUAGAAUCGCUUCGCGAAAUCCGACAGCGCUUGAGGAAAAUGCCUCCCAUUCAGCCUUGCGAACUCCACGUGUUUUUAGGGCUCCUCAUUGCUCGAGCACUGGCACCGAUUAGGCAUCGUUUAUCUGCGCAUUGGAGUACAAGCAGCAUCGGGGCGAUUCCUAGCGGAACGUUUGGCAUGUGGAUGGCUCGGAACCGGUAUGAUCUGUCAUGGAAUAUUACUAAAAUGUACGACUAA